CCGGUCACCAUCAUCCAGGUGACAGCACCAGCAGUCGCAGUCCCGUGCUCCAAGAAGCCGUACGUUCUGUGGGAGCAACAGGACAAACUCAGUUGCUGAGCCUGCCUUGUACUAUACCUGGCGAGCUGUGCAAGCCAAACGGUAUGUACUGUGCCUCUUCAUCAAGAUGCGGUUGGCUGCCGGUUGCGAUGAAUGAAAGAAGCGGUAAGAGACCGGAAGCUGCUCGACCACGGGGUCCCUCGUCGGGGUUCGACAUCGGACAAAUGCCAGACAGUCGGUUCAGACUGUUGUUGCUGAUUCGAAUGUCAGAUUUGCUUGGUCACCUUACAGGUGUCCUCGUGAGUUGCCAGUGUGUGCGUGGGGGUUGUCGUUUGCUCCUGCCCACUGCACAAGGCGAUCAGUCGUCAGACCCAUGCACUACCUCCGGGAGGUUCCUGCCAUGAAUAAGGUACCUACGGCAUGACUAAAAUCUGAAGGUG